AUGUUCAUGGCUUUGAAUGAAGUGUGGGAGCAGGUGCCCCAGGAGGAAAAAGAUAAGCUGCAGAAAGAGUAUGAAGAAGAGAUGGAAAUUUGGAAGCCCAAGUGGGAGGCAUACAAAAAGACUGACUCCUACAAAGAGUUCUGCUUGCUCAAGCAGGAGUACAAGGACAAGAAAGAGAAGAAAAAGUUCUUGAAGGCAGAAUCAAAAAAGGCUCCCAAGAGGCCCAAGUCUGGCUACGCUCUUUUCUGCGAUGAAAUCCGGGAUCGGGUCAAGGAGGAAGUCAUGGCCAAGGGUGGAAGCAUGGGUGACAUUGGAAAGAAGAUGUCUGAGGAAUGGAAUGCGGUUCCUGAGACAAAGAAGGCAGAAUACCAGGAGAUGUCGCAGGCACAGAAAGAGGAGUUUCAAGUCAAGUUCGCAGAAUACAAAACAACCCAGGACUUCAAGGACUUCCAGCUGAAGAAGGCUAAGAUGGAUGGCCGACACGCGCUGAAUGCAUUGACCAGGACCACCCACAAGGAUGCCCCGACAAAGCCGGCCAAUGCUUUCUCCCUAUGGAAGGCCAAGCACCUGAAAGAAGUCAUGGAGGAGAAGAAGGGUGCCAGUGCAGGUGAGCUCAGCAAGAUCAUGGGCGAGAAAUGGAAGAACGCGACCCCAGAGGAGAAAGAGCCCUUUGAGAAUGAGGCAGCCGCUCUGAAAGAGGAGUACAAGAAGAAAGUGGCGGACUUCAAGCGUCAGAAGAACUACAUCACCUUCUUGCAGAAGCGCUCACUUGUGAAAACACGCGAGAACCGGCAAGUGAAUUUGCGGGACAUGCCGAAGAAGCCGAAGACAGUCUACGCCUUGUUCAGAGAAGACAUCAAGGAAGAGGUCCCUACUGGCAAAGGAGAAGGCAAAGGCAUGAACUUUGUGAAGAAUAAGUUCCAAGAAAUGGAAGAUGAAAAGAAGCUGAUUUACAAGCAGAAAGAGGCCGAGCUCCGUGAAAAGUAUGAUGAAGAGAUGAAAACCUAUAAGGAGGGCGAGACUUACAAGACCUUUGAGAAGCAGAAUGGUAAGAUCAAGAGGGAACUGAUGACGGAAGGGAUGAAGGUCAUGACAUUGAAGUUCCUCAGCGACGCACCCGCAGAACCUCCGAAGAAUGCCUUUGCCGAGUACGUUGGGGAGAAGAGGCGUGCAGCUGGAGAGGCAGGAGCUCCCAAGAAAAGGACCAGGGGGCAGAUAAAGGAGGAGGUUGCUCAGUUGAAGGCAGAUUGGAGCAAGCUCGACAAGGAUGCUCAGAACGUCUAUGAAGAGAAGCGAAUGGAGAAGAGGAAGAAGUGGGAGGAGGAAGUAAAGGCUUACAUGGAGCUUCCAAAGUGGAAGGAGUACAUCGAAGAGGCAAAGUCGUUGAAGGUUCCAGUCCGGUCGCUUCUGUCCAGCAAGAAGAAGGCGAUCAAGAAGUUGAAGAACGGCAUGAAGUUGCAACCGCUGCCUGACCGGCCGGAGAGCAUGCCCACCAAGCCUGCAAAAGCCAGACGCAUCUACUUCCUGGAAAAGAGGAAAGAAGUUGACGACCCCUCAAAGUUGCAAGAGAUGUGGGAUGCCUUAAGCGAAGAGGAAAAGAGCACUUACUCGAAGAAGGAGGCAGAACUGGCACUUGAAUAUCAGGAGGCUCUCAAUGCUUUCCGCACAAGUGAGGAGGGGAAGCAGUAUGUAAGGAAGGUGAAACAGAUCCAGAAGAGCCGCGCGACAGCCAUCGCCAAAGACAAGUUCUUGGUGGACAUGCCGAAGAAGCCCUUGGGACACUUGCAGCUCUACACGCGUGACAAGGUCAAGGAGCUAAAGAAGGUCAAACCCGAUCUCAAAGGUGCUGAUCUCAAAGCCGAGAUCACCAACAGCUGGAAAGCGCUGAGUGAUGAGGAAAAAAAGGUGUACGAAGACAAGGGCAAUCAACUCUUGACAGAAUAUGAGGCCAACCUUUCUGAGUUCAAAGCGACUGAGAACUUCAAGAAGUAUGCCUCGACCAUAAAGCGACUCUCGCACAAGCCGAAGGCCAGCUCAGGUGCGCCAAAGAAGCCUGGCACCAUGCCUGCAAAGCCACCAGAUGCCCUGAAGCUUUACAAGGAUGAGUUGGGCGCUGGCAAGAAGACUUCUGAAUUGGUCGCGGCUUUCCAAGAGCUCCCUGCAGAGGAGAAGGCCAAGUACAGAGGGCGAGCUGAAGAAGCGAAGAAAGAGUUUGAGGACCAGAUGAAAGAAUGGAAGAGCACCGAGGAGGGCAAGAAGUACAUCAAAGAGACGAGAGCCUUCGAGAAAAGGCGGAAGCUCACAAAUGCCCGGCAUAAGUUUUUAAAGGAUGAGCCCAAAAGGCCACCCAAUGCCACAUUGCUUUUCUGCAACGAGAAGCGCAGCGAGUAUGCUGCGCAGUUUCCGGGCCUGAAGGGCCUCCAGUUGAACGGCAAGAUGGCGGAAAUCUACCGAGGUAUGUCUGCAGAGGACAAAAAGGAGUUUGAAGACAAGGCCAAGGAAAGGCAAGAGGAGUACCUUGAAAAGUUGCAGGAGUUCAAAGAGUCAAGUGACUACAAGAAGUACCUCAAUGCCAUCAAGGCAAAGCCAGCAGGAAAAGCCAAAGCCAAAGCUGCGACAAAGGACAAGAAGAAGGGCCCUGCGCCACCAGCGUCAAUGCCAAAAAAGCCAGGAACUGCUAUGACGCUGUUCAUGAAGCAAAACAAAGGUGCCAAGAGUUAUUUUGGAUUGACGUGUUGCAUGCUGUGA